AUGGAGGUUACUAUUGGUGUCAACAAAAUAGUAAUUAACCAUCUGAGUGCUAACGAUGGCUCUGAGCCGACGCAAAUUGUCACCAGUCAGGUCCCCUACAAGGGAAAGAAAGCUACUGCAAUCACUCUGGGAGCGUGGCUUAAAGCUUUGAUUCGCUUAGCGUACCUAGUUGUGGGGAAGUCUUCACCAAAUGAAUUACUGCUCAUUCUUCCAGAAUUUUUUUCCCCUAUUGAUAUGAUUAUUUUGAGAUCUUUAUCUAUAUUUAUUAAGGUAACAAAGGAAACAGGCCCCCCACAUAUGAAAAGCUUUGUAACUAAAGUGUCUGUUGGUGAAUUUUUGGGUGAAGGAGAAGGGAAGAGCAAGAAGAUUUCUAAGAAGAAUGCAGCAAUGGCUGUUUUAGAGGAGCUCAAGAAACUACCACCUCUACCUAUGGUUGAAAAAAUGAAGCCAAGGAUUAAAAAGAAAACUAAAUCAAUUGUAAAGCUUCCGACAAGCCCUGAAUAUGGUCAAGGAAUGAACCCCAUUAGCAGACUUGCACAAAUACAGCAAGCCAAAAAAGAUAAAGAGCCGGAGUAUAUACUUAUUACAGAAAGGGGUCUACCGAGACGCAGAGAGUUUGUCAUGCAGGUUAAAAUUGGAAAUAACACUGCUGAAGGCAUGGGCACAAACAAAAAAGUGGCUAAGCGCAACGCUGCUGAAAACAUGUUGGAGAUUUUAGGUUUUAGGAAUCCUCCACUGCCUACAAAGCCUGCACUAAAAACUGAAGAAAAGGCGCCUGUGAAGAAACCAGGCGAUGGAAGAAAAGUUACAUUUUUUGAGCCUGGCUCAGGAGAAGAUUCUGGUAACAAUAACAGAGAUGAUGAGUUCAGAAUGCCUUAUCACAGUCAUCAGCAGCUUCCUGCUGGCAUCCUUCCCAUGGUUCCUGAAGUUGCUCAAGCUGUUGGGGUUAAUCAAGGACAUCAUGCCAAAGAAUUUAACAGGGUGGCCCCCAACCCUGCCAAGGCAACGGUUACUGCCAUGAUAGCAAGAGAGCUAUUGUAUGCAGGCACGUCCCCCACAGCGGACACCAUUUUAAAGAAUAGUAACUCUUCUGGGCAUGUUCCGCACGGUCCACUCACAAGACCCUCUGAACAAUUAGACUAUCUUUCGCGUGUCCAAGGAUUACAG